UUGGCCGGCGCGGGGGGCCGGCGGGGCGGGGCCGGCGCGGGGAAAAUGGGGAGCCGCGCGAGCGUGAGGGGAGCGGCGGUGGCGCGGCCGGAGGGGGCAGGGCCAAUGGCGGGGCAGGAGCUGAGCCGCUCGGAGGUGUGCGGGAUGCUGCGGCAGGAGCUGUGCCGCGACGACACCUUCCUCCAGGGCGACCCCCACGUCUUCAUCAUCCUCGGCGCCUCGGGCGACCUGGCCAAGAAGAAGAUCUACCCCACCAUCUGGUGGCUCUUCCGCGACGGGCUGCUGCCAGACGACACGCACGUGGUGGGCUUCGCCCGGACGCCCCUCACCGUGGCGCAGAUCCGCCAGCAGACCCAGCCCUACCUCAAGGCCUCCCCCGCGGACGGCGCCCGCCUCGACGCCUUCUUCGCCCGCAGCAGCUACGUGGCGGGGCAGUACGGGGAGGCGGGCGCCUUCGAGCGGCUGGACGCCCACGUGCGGGCCCUGCCCGGCGGCGCCCGCGCCAACCGCCUCUUCUACCUGGCCCUGCCGCCCAGCGUCUACGCGCCCGUCACCCGCCACAUCCGCCAGGCCUGCAUGGGGCCGGGCUGGAACCGGGUGAUCGUGGAGAAGCCCUUCGGGCGCGACCUGGCCAGCUCCAACGCCCUCUCGGACCACAUCAGCAGCCUCUUCCGCGAGGAGCAGAUCUACCGCAUCGACCACUACCUGGGCAAGGAGAUGGUGCAGAACCUCAUGGUGCUCAGGUUCGGAAACCGCAUCUUCGGGCCCAUCUGGAACCGGGACAACAUCGCCUGCGUGGUGCUCACCUUCAAGGAGCCCUUCGGCACCGAGGGCCGCGGCGGCUACUUCGACGACUUCGGCAUCAUCCGGGACGUGAUGCAGAACCACCUCCUGCAGAUGCUCUGCCUCGUGGCCAUGGAGAAGCCGGCCUCCACCGACCCCGACGACGUGCGGGACGAGAAGGUGAAGGUGCUCAAGUGCAUCGCGGAGGUGCAGCCGGAGGACGUGGUGCUGGGCCAGUACGUGGGCAACCCCGAGGGCGAGGGCGAGGCGCGCAACGGCUACCUGGACGACGCCACGGUGCCGCCAGGCUCCACCACGGCCACCUUCGCCGCCGCCGUGCUGCGCGUGGCCAACGAGCGCUGGGACGGCGUGCCCUUCGUGCUGCGCUGCGGCAAGGCCCUCAACGAGCGCAAGGCCGAGGUGCGGCUGCAGUUCCGCGAGGUGCCGGGCGACAUCUUCCAGCGGCAGUGCAAGCGCAACGAGCUGGUGGUGCGGGUGCAGCCCGACGAGGCCGUCUACGCCAAGAUGAUGACCAAGAAGCCCGGCAUGUUCUUCAACCCCGAGGAGUCCGAGCUCGACCUCACCUACGGCAACCGCUACAAGGACGUGAAGCUGCCGGACGCCUACGAGCGCCUCAUCCUCGACGUCUUCUGCGGCAACCAGAUGCACUUCGUGCGCAGUGACGAGCUGCGGGAGGCCUGGCGCAUCUUCACGCCGCUGCUGCACGCCAUCGAGGCCCGGGGGGAGAAGCCCAUCCCCUACCUCUACGGCAGCCGGGGCCCGGCGGAGGCGGACGAGCUGCUGAAGCGCGCCGGCUUCCAGUACGAGGGCACCUACCGCUGGGUGAACCCCCACAAGCUCUGAGCCCCACGGCUGCCCCACGGCGCCCCACGGCGCCGCCCCACAGCCCCCCGCCCCGCAGCCCCUCCUUGCGUGACACCUGCUGCUGAGUGAAUCCCCACGAGCUCUGAGCCCCACGGCCGCCCCACGGCUGCCCCACACCCCCCCCGCCCCCUCCUCGCGUGACACUCCAGGGGCCCCGGCCGUGCUCAGGGAGCUGCCCCCCCCCCCGCCCUGCCCCACGGCAUCCUCCUGGCCCCACGGCUGGGGGGGGGGGGGGCAGCACCCGGACGCCUGGGCCCCCUCCCCGGGGGGGGGGGCACCGGGAGGCCCCUCCCACCUGGGACCAAGUCACCCCUCAUAAAGCCCCUCGUUAACCCCG